AUGGAUGAGAUGUUCAUUCAGGUAGAAUACUGUCACUUACCUCCUGUUUGCAAAUCCUGUGGUGUUUUUGGUCAUGAUUGUGCUUCUCCUUGUGAGUUGAAUGUGAAGAGGGUUUGGAGGAAGAAAACGGUUACCACUGUUGCUUUAGCAAGUACUUCAAGGACUGAGGAAGAAAAUGUUCAUACUGUCGAGCCAGUUAUUGAGUCUCCACCAAUCACUCCUAGUGCUUUGCCAUCUCAGGAAGAUUUUAAUUUGGUGGUUAACGGAGUGAAACCACUUGCUCAGGUGAUGUCAUCUCCAAUACCUCUGGCGAAUUAUUUUGCUGCAAUUUGUGCCAAGAAUAUACAGUUGCAGGAUCCCCUUCCCACUUCAUCAGGAAGGUUUACGUAG